GGUAAAUGAUUUAUAAAACAGACAUAGAGAGAUAUCUUCAUCUUGUUUCUUGAGUUGGUCGAUUUAAAGAUGACUUUGUUUUUAUGGGAGUGUCUGUUCUGCCUGCUGCCCUCUCUGUUACUCUUAGGGCUGUUGGUUUUUGUGCGUCGGCCUGCUGUCAGCGCUUGGACGGAAAAGACGCUUACAGCCGUGGGGUGGACUCUGUGGAGGGGCCUCUGUCUCAUCCUACACUUACCCCUGGACAAGGCCUCUUUUGGGACAGCAGUGAGUGUCUGCACUGGGACCCAGUUCAUGUGUAAACCCAGUACUUUGGCCCAGUACCUACUGCGUCACUGCACCUCUUUGUCCAGGACCAUGCUCGCCUCAUGGCCCAAAGGAGACCCCCACUUUCAGACUAUACGGGCCCUGCUGGGUGAACCACAGGCACUUGGCCUACAGUUCACUCGGGAACACCUGUUAUUGAAAGAUGGAGGCAUUGUAUCUCUGGACUGGGCUGUAGGGCCAGGAGUCAGUGACUCUGGUGUUAGGAGGAGCGCCCCUUCAGUACUGCUGCUGCUCCCAGAACACUGGGGAGGCCUGAGUCCUCACCUAAAGUCCCUGUGCCACUCUGCCACUGCUCAGGGCUUUUAUGUGGUGGUCUUUCACCAUCGCGGGACAGCAGGCUGCCCAAUGACCACCACCAGGCUCACAGAGUUUGGAGACCCCGCUGACCUGGAGCAGGCGGUGGCGUACAUUCACAGUCGUCACCCGUCCUCUGUGCUGCUGGCGGUGAGUGAGGGCUCUGGCUCUGGGACCCUUCUGUCAUAUUUAGGAGAAAGAGGCUCCAGUUCACGCCUGACCGCUGCUGCUGCCAUCUCUCCUGUUCUUCUGGGACAGGUGUGGUUUGAGACUGCAGUUCCUCCUCUGUACCACUGGGGGAUGCUGUAUCACCGCAAACAGCAGCUUCGCAGAUACGCUGGUUCUUUCAGAGGAGUACUGGAUGUGGAUCAUGUGCUCAAAUCUUCGUCCCUUAAAGAGUUUGAGGAGAGACUUUUCUGUAACCAUGAGUCUGAGGAGCCGUGGGGACUGGCGCCCCCUGUGGCCUGGGAGCUUAAGGAGCGCGCCCAUCCCUCUGAGGACUGGGACCGUUACUGGGAGAGGAAUGAGCCUCUGAGAGAUGCUGAUGAGGUGGCAGUACCUGUGCUCUGUAUCCGCAGCCGAGACGACCCACUGCUGCCCCCUAUCGGCUCUCUCCCGCUCAGCCUUUUCCAAAACAACCCUUACUUCAUGCUGGUCCUCACUGAAACAGGGGGGCACUGUGGGUUCACCAUCCAAAACAGUAAUAAUCAGCCUGAAGACAUGAACUGGAGCCAUGCUGCUGUACUGGAGUAUUUCAGAGCUGUGGUGGAUUUCCUGAAAGGAGCAGGAGAGAAAGAUGUAGUGUCUUGGAUUGGCCCCACAGUAGAGCAAAGGAGCCGCAACAACUCUUCAGUCUUUGCAGUUAGAAAAAGGAGAUCUGCUGGGAUGAAGCGCCCCCAGAAUCAAAACAUUAACCAGAGUAUAAAUGAAGUUGAAGAGUUCACAUGGAAAAGAUCAUACACACGCUAAGAAAAAACAA